GCAACACUAAAGUCGCGCAUAAAUAAGUGCAUCACAUUCUCGUGUACGCUGUUGUUGAUAAAAGCUAUCUAUGCUCGAGGAACUACGAUUGAAAAAAUAACUUGCAAACUUUGAGUGUAAUUUUAUUUAGCCUUUGUGUUUAUGAGCGAAACAAACGAUAGAUUUUUAUGCAUUUACAAUAUUUUAAAGAAAAUUAAAGUUUUGCUGAUGUGAUAUUCUUGAAAUGUCAUCUUAUAUGGCUGGAGUAUUUGAUUUAGAUUUAGAUGUGGAUGCUGUUGUGGUUGGAGAUUCAGAUGAAGACGACAUAAUCGAAGUUGAUGAGGUGGAUUAUGAACCCGAGCUCCAUGUAAAUGCCAUUGUCGAGACUGAAGGAUCUGAAACUAUCCAAUUAUCUGAAGAUAAUGUAAAUCCAGGGCAAUGUAAGCGUCUUGGCCCUCAAGACUUUGAAUUACGCAAAGUUUUGGGGAAAGGAGGAUAUGGCAAAGUUUUUCAAGUCCGUAAAAUUACUGGGCCUGAUGCUGGUGCUCACUUUGCUAUGAAGGUUCUUAAAAAAGCUUCAAUAGUACGCAAUCAAAAAGAUACAGCCCAUACAAAAGCAGAAAGGAAUAUUUUAGAAGCUGUAAAGCACCCUUUUAUUGUGGAGUUGGUAUAUGCUUUCCAAACUGGAGGCAAGCUAUACUUAAUAUUAGAAUAUUUGAGUGGGGGUGAACUUUUCAUGCAUCUUGAACGUGAGGGUAUAUUCCUAGAAGAUACAGCAUGCUUUUAUUUGUCAGAGAUAAUUUUGGCAUUAGAACAUUUACAUAGCCUUGGUAUAAUUUACCGUGAUCUAAAACCAGAAAAUGUACUCUUGGAUGCACAAGGUCAUGUAAAACUGACUGAUUUUGGAUUAUGUAAAGAACACAUUCAAGAAGGAAUAGUUACUCACACUUUCUGUGGAACAAUUGAGUACAUGGCACCAGAGAUUUUGACUCGAAGUGGCCAUGGAAAAGCUGUAGAUUGGUGGAGUCUUGGAGCUUUAAUGUAUGAUAUGCUCAUUGGACAGCCACCAUUUACGGGGGAUAAUCGUACAAAAACUAUAGAGAAAAUAUUAAAAGGUAAACUUAUGCUUCCUGCCUACCUCACACAAGACGCCCGUGAUUUGAUACGGCGUUUAAUGAAGCGUUCGGAGACGCAACGUUUAGGAGCUCAGGGUGCUGCUGGAAUUCGUGGGCAUGCCUUUUUCAAACAUGUUCAUUGGGAUGACGUGUUUGCUAGAAGAUUGGAGCCACCUAUUAAACCUAGACUGACAAGUGAUGACGAUGUCUCGCAGUUUGAUACAAGAUUUACUCUGCAGACGCCAAUUGAUUCGCCUGAUGAGUCUACACUUAGUGAAAGUGCCAACCUUAUGUUCCAAGGCUUUACCUAUGUGGCGCCUUCUGUAAUGGACGAGAUCCACAAACCGCGUGUUGUAACUGCUCGUUCACCGCGGCGCCCGAGACCUCAACACCACCACUUCACUAUGCCUCCUGCUUCAGCUGCCCACACUCACUCGCAUGCUCAACAUGAAGACCUCAUGGACGUUCAAGGUUUACCUAUAUAGAAAGUACCUUUAGUAAUAAUUGAAAAAUUAAAAUAGUUAAGUGUUGUGUUAAUUUAACUACUGGUCUGUAUUAAUUUAAUAAAGCGGGUUUACCUCAAUUAACUUGGUUAUAUAGAUAUUCUGAAAUGAAAUCAUACUUAUAUGAGUCAAUUUUUAGGGCAUAUAUUAAAACUUUUCGCGAGUGCAGGUGGGUGGAUGUUUACUUUCGCUAUGAGUAGCAAUAGUAUUACUCAAUACAAUUUAUAUUUUCUGUGUUUUUCUUAAAUCCUGAAACUACUUCUUUAGUACAUAAAGACCCGCACGAGUUUUAAUGUACGCCCUUUGAAGGUUGUAAAAUUGUUAUCAAACGUUGUUUCAGAAUAAAAUAUGAUCCUGUGUUUUUCAAUUAAUUUCAUUCAAGGUUAGUUUGAACAAAUUAUGUAAGUACAUCAAAUUUCGCAGCAUUAUUGUUAUUGUUUGAACUGUCCAUUCACUGAUUUAUUUUUAUUUUAUUCUUAUACAGAAUUGUUAUUCAUUUGAAUUUAAAAGGAAUUGUUUCAUAUGUAAACUGCUAUAGUUAAUUUUUUUAGAACCCAUGCGAGGCCCGCCAAAACUAACAUUAGUUAAUUAAUAUAGAAAAUGAAUUAAUACAUAGGUUAGAUAUAAUUUUAGUGGAUUGCUAUAAUUUCAUUUUAUUUAAUUUCUGAUAUUUGUGUCUCUUCUUUACAUUUUUUGGUAACUUUCAGUUUGAGUUGUUGAUACCCAGAGUGUCAUUGUUUACUUUUAUAUAAUCUGUACAAUAUUAUUUCCGUUUUUAUAGUAGUUUAUGGUAAUCAAAACGAACUUCCUACAAAAUGCUUAUGAGAAUUGGAAUGCAAUAAUAAUGUUUAACUAUAUUAUAUCGUAAUGAAGAUAUUGUGUUGAAGUUAUAAGAAAGAUGAUUGUUAUUUGAGAGUAAAAUAUUAAAGGGUAUAAUUACACAAGCAUGUCUAAACUAUGGAUCAAGUGCUGCGUCGUAUUAGUGAUAUUUACUGAUUGUACAGAUUAUACUAUAUGCCUUAAAAUACAUUACACAAGAGUUGUUGACUAUUACAAGUAUAGAAUUGACUGAAAAGCUUUUAUUUUCAGGCCUAGAGUAAAUUCCUAUAGUUGACCAUUUUAUGCUAAGAAUGAAUUCAACUACAAAAGAUGCCCAUAUAAUAUCGGAAUAAAUGGUACUGUUUUAUACUACAUAUUAUAAUUAAAUGUACAUUUUAUACAAGUUACCGUUUAGUCUUAUCUUUUGGUAGGAAUUAAUCACAUGUAAAAGUUGUUCUAACCCCGAUAUGACAAAAAUAAUAAUUUACAAUAUACCUUGUUACCAUGCUUCAUGAAUUGAUUAAAAUGUCAUUUUUUAUUUUGUAACCAAGAGUUUUUUUCUUAUCCUGGAAUAUUAAAACAAUGGUCAAAUAAGUAAUAAUUUAUUUUUGAAAAAGAUUGACAUUUGUUUUAUUAACAACAUGCAGUAUGUGGCAUCCGCAUACCCAAGAAGUAUUAGACAAAGAAUCAGCAUUUACUUUAGAACCAAUACACUUAAACUUAUUUUUAUAUCACAGACUUAAAACUACUUUAUUUAAUAAAAUAAUAAUAUAAUUUAUUGAAAUACAAAAUAAUCACAUUUAAAAUGCUGGCUACAAAUGAAAAAUGUUACAUCUAGGCUUACUAAAAAGUAUGCAAGUAACUGAUAAACAAUUAAGAUAUUUUAACUUGACUUUUAACAAAACAACAAUAGAUAACAGGACAGGAAUCAGUAAGAACUAAGCACAUGUGAAUUCUCACUACUUCAAUAUUGUUCAUGUGUGAGCUAACCAAUUUGCUACUUGUCCUUUCUUUAUAUUAUUAACUUCAUUUCAGAACAAUUUUCACAAAUGAGGUAAAUAUGACUUUCAUUUUCUUCUGAAACUACCCCAAAUUGCACAUCACUGUUACAUGAAGCAUUAUGAGCUUCCAAAGAACAUAAAAGAGAUUUUUUAAUAUCGGAAAGUGAAAGUUUAGUCUUUAUGUCACUCUUACAGUUGGAACAAGUCAGGUGAUUACUUUGAAGCUGAAGAUUUGUUUUCUGGCACACAGGACAUAUGACAUUAUUAUCUUCUUCAACUAAAGACCAAUCAACAUUUUCUUGUUGGCUUUUUUCAUAUUCUUUGAUGCACCUGAAAUAAUUGUGGAUUUGUUUUGAACUGUUUUGCAGUG